AUGGAAGAUUCAUCAUCAAAUGUAACAAUCGAUGAUUUAGUUAUAGCGAAUUCGGAUUUAUAUGAAUCAAUUCGUAAAUCAUUUACACGUGAUCCAUUUGAUCAUUAUGUUAAUGGUAUAUGUGGUUUAUUCAUUUGUUUUCUUGGCAUAAUAAGUAAUGCUCUUAGUUUUUCAAUACUAAUACGUCGAACAAUGCGGCUUUCAACAUAUGUUUAUUUGGCUGGUUUAUGUUUAAGUGAUUUUACAACUUGUCUUUUUCUUAUACCUGAUUAUAUAUUAUAUGCAUAUCCAAUAAAUAUACCUGAUUAUGAUUUACCAAGAACUUAUAGAUAUACACAAAUAAUUAUAAUAACAGCUGCAAUAAGUACAACAGCUCGUGUACUUAGUGUAUGGCUUUGUGUAGCUUUUACAAUUGAUCGAUGGAUAAUGAUAUGUCGACCAUUUGACGGUCCACAUUAUUGUACAAUGAAGACUGCUAGACGUGUUACAUUUAUUAUUUAUAUAAUUGGCCUUUUCUAUGCUCUUCCACUUAUGUUUGAAUAUGAAGCACAUGAAGAAAAUGUUUUAAAUGAAUUAUUUUUAAAAAAACAAAAUAAAAAAUUUUAUCGUUAUAAAUUAAGUAAAUUAGGAAAAAAUUCAAUAUUUCGAUGGAUUUAUGUUUUAAUAAAUGCUAUUGCUGUUUAUCUUAUUCCAUUAACAAUUAUAAUUAUACUUAAUAGAAAAUUACUUUUAUCAAUACGUUUAUUAGAACGUCGUUCAGCUGAAUAUAAUGCACCAUUACCAACUAAACAAGGUGUAACAAUAAUGUUAUUAGCAACAACACUCAUGCUUCUUGUAUUUCGAUCUCCAUCUGCUGUUGUAUCAAUUAUGUGGUUAAUUAGUGCAAAAAUGUUUAUACGUGAAAAACCACCAUUUCUUUUAAGAAAAUUUCAUUCAAUUGCAAAUUUAUGUGCAACAUUAAAUUCAGCAACAACAUUUAUUAUGUUUAUUAUAUAUGGAACAAAAUUUCGAUCUGAAUUUACUUAUGUUUAUUGUUAUUGUUUAAAUAAAAUGAAAAAAAAAGAAAAAUUAAAUAAAACUAUAAUAAAACAUGAACAAGAACAACAAAUGAAACAAUUAAUAUCAAAUGAUUCUCCUAUUAAUCAACAAAUUAUUAAUAAUGAAAUUAAAAAUCAAUCAAAUAAAAUUGUUCGUCAAGCAACAAUUCAAUCAAAUGAUACAACAACAACAACAACAUCAGAAAGAAAUUCAUUUCCAUUAUUAAAACUUCUUAAAUAUCCUCGAAGAAAACGUCAAUAUUCUCAUGAAAAAGAAUAUGAUUCACAAAAUCCUAUUAAUAAUGAAGAAGAACAUAAUCAAAUUCAACAUCUAGAUGAUCAAUCUUAUUUAAAUGAUAAUAAUAAUAAUAAUAAAAAAUCACUUCCAUUACGAGUAUCAUAUGAUGAUUGCCUUAAAAGAUUAAUUAAUUGUCGAUAA